CCCUUUUUUAUUUUUGUGCUGAAAUUUAGCUUCCUCAUCUCCAUCUAACUAAACCAUCAAGUAUCACCCCCACCAUUCUCUGUCUUUCUCUCUCAGACUCCACAAGUCAUUGUGGUGAUGAACCCACUCUUCUCUCCAAAUCGUGUGUAUUUACUCUUUAGCAUCCAAUUUUAAAUGAAUUUGAUUGGGUUUUUGCGUUUAGAUGUUUGUGAUAGAGAGAGAACAGAAUGGAUGAUGAGUCUCUUCCUGGGCUUCUGUGCCAAGAAAGCAUGAUUUGCUUAACUGAAGAUGUGGCAGAUAAAGAUGCUGCCUUUGUAAGAACAAAGAGUAGUUCUUAUGGUGGUGAUUCAGAUGAAGAAGAUAUGUUCUUGAAAAGGUUGGUUGAUAGAGAGAAGACUUUUGGGUUCAAUAAGGGUUUUCAAUCUGUUGUGCUUGGUGAUUGGCUCAAAUGUGCAAGAUUGGAAGCUAUUUCAUUGAUUCUCAAAACAAGAACAGCACUUGGGUUUUGCUUCCAAACAGCUUAUUUAGCAGUCGCAUACAUGGAUCGAUUCCUUGUAAGAAGACCCAAUAUUGAUAGUGAACAAUCUUGGGCAAUUCCAUUACUGUCUGUGGCAUGUCUAUCAUUGGCAGCAAAGAUGGAGGAAGUGAAUGUGCCCACACUAUCUGAUUAUCAAGUUGAAGAAUACAGAUUUGAUAGCAGAGUAAUACAGAGAAUGGAACUAUUAGUACUAAAUAUAUUGGAGUGGAGAAUGUGCACAGUCACUCCUUUUCCUUUCCUUCACUAUUUUAUCUCUACAUUGUGCAAUGAAUCUUCAUCGAGUAGUCAUGUACUAUCUAGAACUGCUGGAUUCAUUUUUGCCAACAAAAAAGGGAGUGAUUUGAUUGAUCAUCAUCGAUCCUCCGUUGUCGCUUAUGCAGCUACAUUGAUGGCAUUGGAUCAGACACUAACAAGACCAGCAUUGGAGAUUAAGAUAAAUUCUGUUUCUUCUCUUCAUGAAUUGCUUGAGAUUGAUACUGAAUCAGUGGUUUCAUGUUACAAUCUGAUGCAGAAAUUGGAGAUACCGGAGUUUGAAAAACCACCUCUCUUGCCAUCCGAUUUGAGUCCAAUAGAUGUUGUGGAGAAUUCAUCGGUCACUUUCGUGAUUGGUACUAAGAGAAGAAGGUUUACAUUCUCAGAUUCCGAUCAAAUUGAUCGAUUACUCGAUGAGAAACGUUUGAGAUAGCUAAAGAAGAUCAUCGGUUUUUACCUCACAAAACAUGAUUUAGAGUUCAUGAAAAAUGUCUGAGAAAAAAAGUGAAGGAAGAAAAGAAAGAAAAAGCAAGGCUUUGAAGUACAUAUGAAAAGCAAUAAGAGAUCUUCAAGGCUGGCUGAUGAAAGAGUCAGUUGAUGUCAAAUCAAUUUUUUUUCUUCAAUUCUCAAUAUUUGGCAUUCUUUAAAUUAUUUUUUCUUCCUAAUUUGAUGUCUCUAGCAACCCUACCUUUUGAUGGGGAUGCUUGGAUGCUUUCUUUCUUUGUGUUUCUGAAAAGGUUGAUACAGAUAUGGUCUUACAAGAGGAGGGGAAAGCCAUGUCUGUGAUUUGUUUGGAUGUUGGCCAUCACCACAGUACUGUGAAAAAGAGAGUGUGAUUUGGAUUUGUUUGAAUGUUUGGGGCAUGCCUUUGUGUUAUGGGGAGCCUGCUUCUUCUUUUUCCCUUGUGAAAUCUCUCUGAUUGUGUUGAGAAUCUAGGGGCCAUGAAAAGAUAAAACAAGACCCUGUUUGUAGAAAUCAAAAAGGGUACUUCUAAGUUUUUAUUUUUUAAUGGAAUAUAUUUUUAUCUAAUGACAUUGCUAUG